GCCCAUGCCUCUGGCCGCCAGCUGAGGCUGCUGCCCCGGCAGAGGUACCUGCGGGCAGAGAGGGCUGAGAGCAGUGCCUUGGAGAGGAAAAGGAAUGUUCUCUGCUGCCUCAUCACCCGCAUCCUCAAGGCGGAAAAGCAGCUGCACAUCGACAACCUGGUGUUUAAGGUGAUCGAUGCCUGUGAGAAGGGAGAGCUGGGGCCAGGCCUGCAGUUCCUGAGCUUCUGUUGUCACAGUGUGGACGUGCUGUCCUGUGUCCUGCACCUGCUAAACCAGGGCUACCUCCGGCGCCAGGAUGAGAGGCCUCAUGUCCUGGAGUACGUCUCUGCUGAACGCACAUCACCUCUUGGAGGCCAGGCACAGAUGGUUUUCCACAGAAGAUCUCCAGAAUCUUCUUUGGAUGAGAAUAGCACAGACUGCCUGAAUUGGUUGAAUCCUAGCAUAGAAAGAUCAGAGGAGUUUCUGCUGGCAAUGCUGCAAGUGCCAAUGGGGCACACACUUAGUCUGGAGGAAGCAAAGCUGCUCAUGAACCAGACAGUACAACAGGUCCAGGAUACCUUGAGCAUCCCAGAGGAUGUUGCUCGACACCUCCUAAUGCACUGCAGGUGGAAUGUGGAUUUUCUGAUCCAGUGUUAUGUAGAGGACCAUGAAUCUCUGCUCAUCUCCUCGGGGCUCCAGGUGGAAAAUGCCCAGCGCCCUCCAAGCCCAGGAAUCCACUGCCCAGUCUGUGUGAACCAGCUGUGUCCCACUGAGAAGCCACCCACCCUCUGCUGCAUGCAUUACUGCUGCAAGCCUUGUUGGAAUGAGUAUCUCACAACUCGCAUUGAACAGAACAUGGUCCUCAACUGCACCUGUCCCAUCUCUGAGUGCUGUGCACAGCCGACCACAGCAUUCAUCUGUUCCAUUGUUUCCUCCAAGGAGGUUAUUGCCAAGUAUGAAAAAGCCCUUCUCAGAUGCUAUGUGGAAUGUUGUUCCAACCUGACAUGGUGCACCAACCCUCAGGGCUGUGAUCAGAUCCUUCUUAAGGAUGGACUUGGUUAUGAGGCAGCCUGUUCCAAGUGCUCCUGGAUAUCUUGUUUCAACUGCAACUUCCCAGAGGCCCAUUAUCCUGCUAGCUGCAGCCACAUGUCUCAGUGGGUGGAUGACGAUGGCUACUAUGAGGGAAUGACAAGUGAAGCCCAAAGCAAGCAUCUGGCUAAACUCAUUUCAAAGCACUGUCCAAAUUGCCAAGCUCAGAUAGAGAAAGAUGAGGGGUGUCUGCAUAUGACGUGUGCCAAGUGUAAUCAUGGCUUCUGCUGGCGUUGCCUCAAGCCCUGGAGGCCAACUCAUAAGGAUUAUUACAACUGCUCUGUUAUGGUGAGUAAAGCAGCUUGGCAGGAGAAGCGUUUUCAGGAUUACAAUGAGAGAUGCACCUUUCAUCAUCGUGCGAGGGAAUUUGCUGUGAGUCUGAGGAACAAGGUUUCUUCCAUGAGUGAGAUACCAAAAAUUAGGACUUUGACCUUUGUUCUCCAUGCCUGCAAAGUGCUGGAACAGGCACGGAAGGUGCUGGCCUACUCCUGUGUGUACAGCUAUUAUAACCAGGACACAGAAAGCGUCGAUAUUGUGGAACAGCAGACUGAGAGCCUAGAGCUUCACACAAAUGCUCUGCAGAUCCUUCUAGAGGAAACCCUGCUGCGGUUCCAGGACCUGGCUUCUUCUCUUCGGCUUCUGAAAGCAGAGCAUUUCAGUACUGGUUUGGAGUUGGUGCAUCGGAUCAAGGAGCGUCUCUUUGCAAUUCUCUGGCAUUCCACACAGGAUUUCCGUAUUGGGCUUGAGGCUUUGGCAGAUCCUGCUCAGACUAAGGUGAAACUCUCAAAUGUGCCUUCUUCGUCCCCUGCCUCUUUAGGGCCCAAAAGUGCCAUCUUAUGCGAGUCCCCCAACACAGAUGAAGAUGGCAGUGAAGUUGAAGAUGAGGAGUAUGAACCACACUGGCAGGAAGACUAUGAUGAUGAUGACGACGACGACCUAGAUGAAGACAACUUUCUGUUUUGUGAUGAGUCAGAUAACCUUGAUUGUGACUCCUACUUUGAUGAUGAUGAUGCCUAUGACUAGAGGUGGACUGUUGUCAUCCGAGCUGCCAGCCUGGGUCUCUGCCUCCAGGCUGCAGUGACCAGUUUAUCUUUGUGUCUUUCCUCAAAGAGAGUGAGGAGCUCCCAGGCAGAAUUAAGAGACAUAUUCUUUGGGAGCUGCUUCCUCCUUAACUCCCCUUUAAUAUGCACAGCUCUUGCUCUGGAUAGAUGGGCUGUGUUACUGUGGUCACACUUCCCAGAAAAACAUCUCUUGUUUCUAUUUCCACCCUAUUUACAUUCAUCUAGUUGAGUUAGAAGGUCACAGCUUGGUUCCAAGUUGAGGACUGUGUGGCACCUGUUAAAGGAGUUAAGAGGUUAGUCCUUUGGAGUGAUCUCCUCAAGUCCUGUGGCAGAUGUCCUCACAUGACACUGUAUAAUUUAGCCAGUGUAUAGAAAUAUUGUGAAGCAAUGUGUUAACACUCAAGCCAAAGCCAGAGCCUGGAGCUGAUGGGGUUCCCUCCAGAGCCACAGACAGACAUGGCUCAGUGCAUUCCUCCAUCUGAGGGGGACACUGUUUUUACUGUUUGUUCUUGGAGCUGUCUUCUCUGCUAUGGGACAAGAUGGGCUGUUACCAGUAUAGGCACAGGUUUGCAGGGCUGCAUUUAAGCAUAUAAAUGCAUGCAUGUACAUACAUCUAUAAAAAAUACACACAUACACAGAGGAUGCUUGAAAUGUAUGUUAAUCUUUAAAAAAAAAAACAAAAAAAACAAAAAAAACACA